AUGGUCUUUCCAAUUUUACCUCUUUAUUCCUCUAGUAGGGAUGUGACUGAGGUCAUAGCCUCGAAGCCUUACUUAUGUCUGGCUGGCCAAGCAUUAUUAGAUGGUUCCAAAUUAACAACUGAAGAAAUUUUGAAUUUCCAAGAAUCAUAUCCUGUGAUCAGGUUUUUGGCAGUUCGUUUGUCAAGGGGAGAUGUUGCCGAUGACGACGUCAUUCGUUUACUCAACAACGGUGUAUCUGCGCUUUUCCUGUCUGAUAAAGAAUAUGCCUCAUCCCUUGUUGAAUUGGGCGUACCUGAAGAAAGAAUUGUUUUAUCCGAUGGAUCAAACUACGACUGUAAAUUUCACCUAGUUCAAAAGUUUUCUUCUGAACAGAUAAUUGGCGUCGACACAAUCACAUCGGAAUCUCUCGCCAACGCUGUGGUGUCUUCCUUGAGAACCGAUCGCGCAGACAAAUUGUAUACAACACUAGUUGUUGAUUCCAAUGAGAGAUGUUUGGGCCUAGUGUACUCUUCAGCAGAAUCCAUAAAGCUUGCUAUUGAAAAGGAGGCAGGUGUCUAUUAUUCUCGUUCCAGAGAUGAGAUAUGGGUCAAGGGAGCUACAUCCGGUAAUACUCAAACACUAGUAGGUAUUCAACUCGAUUGUGAUAGUGAUGCGUUGAAGUUUAUCGUCGUCCAAAAUGGCGAACAUUCCGACUUCUGUCACUUAAAUACUGAGUCCUGUUUCGGUGAAUUCCUUCACGGCUUAGUUGGUCUGGAGCAGUUGUUACAACAACGUCUUGUCGACGCACCUGAAAAAUCAUAUACACGCAGACUUUUUAACGACCCCGAAUUGUUGACUGCUAAAAUAAAAGAAGAAGCCGAAGAGUUAACUGAGGCUCAAAAUAAGAGUGAAAUCUCUUGGGAAGCUGCAGAUCUUUUCUACUUCGCUAUGGUGAAGCUCGUUAGCAGUGGUGUUUCUUUGAAGGAUGUCGAAAGGAAUUUGAACAUGAAGCACUUAAAGGUCACCAGAAGAAAGGGUGAUGCCAAACCAAAGUUCAUGAAACAAGAAACUGCCUCUAAAAAACCAGAAGAAAUCCCAGAGGCUAUCAGAUUAAGUGUAGUUGAGGCCAAUGAUUCUGUUGCUGUUGAAAGUGCCUUGAGCAGACCAAUUCAAAAAACGUCAGAAAUUAUGCAUCUAGUUAAUCCAAUUGUGGAGAGAGUGCGUAAUGAGGGUGACAAGGCUUUGAUAGAGUUCACCAGCAAGUUCGAUGGCGUCGAUUUAGAGGCACCUGUUCUAGAGGCACCUUUCCCACCUGAAUAUUUCGAAGGAUUGACUGAGGAAAUGAAGGAGGCACUUGAUUUGUCAAUGGAGAAUGUUCGCAAAUUCCACGCGGCGCAACUCCAAAAGGAAGUAUUGGAAGUUGAAACUCAACCUGGUGUUAUUUGUUCUCGUUUCCCUCGCCCUAUCGAGAAGGUGGGUCUAUAUAUUCCAGGUGGUACUGCUGUUCUACCAAGUACGGCUCUCAUGUUGGGUGUUCCAGCUAGCGUUGCCGAAUGUAGAGAGAUUGUAUUCGCCUCGCCACCACGUAAGAGUGACGGAAAAGUAUCUCCGGAGGUGGUGUAUGUCGCAGAAAAGGUUGGUGCUUCCAAGAUCGUGUUAGCCGGUGGUGCUCAAGCCGUUGCUGCUAUGGCCUACGGUACUGAAUCUGUUCCAAAGGUGGACAAGAUCUUGGGUCCAGGUAACCAAUUCGUCACUGCCGCAAAGAUGUAUGUGCAAAACGACACACAAGCACUAUGUUCCAUUGAUAUGCCUGCCGGUCCAAGUGAAGUGCUUGUGAUUGCUGAUGAAAAGGCUGAUGCUGACUUUGUCGCCUCAGAUCUGCUGUCACAAGCCGAGCACGGUAUCGACUCUCAAGUCAUCCUUGUCGGUGUUAGCCUAAGCGAAAAGAAAAUUCAAGAGAUCCAGGAGGCCGUUGAGAAACAGGCCCUACAACUACCUCGUCUGGAAAUUGUGCGCAAGUGUAUCGCCCAUAGCUCCAUCAUCUUGUGUAACUCGUACGAGGAUGCGUUCGACAUGUCGAACAAGUAUGCACCAGAGCACUUGAUCUUACAAAUUGAGAACGCUUCUGACUACGUGAAGCUAGUCGACAACGCAGGUAGCGUCUUCGUUGGCGCUUUUACGCCUGAGUCCUGUGGUGAUUAUUCCAGUGGUACCAACCACACCUUGCCCACUUAUGGAUAUGCCAGACAAUACAGUGGUGUCAACACUUCUACUUUCCAGAAAUUUAUCACCGCUCAGAACGUCACCCCACAAGGUUUGGAAAACAUCGGCCGCGCUGUCAUGAGCGUUGCUAAGGUCGAAGGUCUUGACGCGCACAGAAAUGCUGUCAAGAUUAGAAUGCAAAAGCUAGGCCUUCUACCAGAAGGCUUCGUGUAA